AUGCUUUUGGCGGAAGCUGGGCAGAUGGGGGAAGGAGGGGGUGCCUUCCAACCGUAUCUGGACUCUCUUCGACAGGAGCUGCAGCAAAGACAACCAGCGAUGCUCUCUGUGCUGGUGGCAGUGCUCGUCGUGCUGCUGACGCUGGUAUGCUGGAAAUUCAUUCGGAGCAGAAAGAGCAGUCGAAGGGCAGUACUUCUGGUUGGACUUUGUGACUCUGGGAAAACACUCCUUUUUGUUAGGCUGUUAACAGGACUUUACAGAAAUACCCAAACAUCUAUUACUGAUAGCUCUGCUAUGUACCGAGUCAACAAUGAUAGGGGUAAUAGUUUGACUUUGAUUGAUCUCCCUGGCCAUGAGAGCUUGAGGCUUCAAUUCUUAGAACGGUUUAAGGCUUCAGCCAGAGCAAUCGUGUUUGUUGUGGAUAGUGCUGCAUUCCAGAGGGAGGUGAAAGAUGUAGCUGAAUUUCUUUAUCAGGUCCUUAUUGACAGCAUGGUAUUGAAGAACGCACCAUCAUUAUUGAUAGCCUGCAAUAAGCAAGAUCUCACAAUGGCAAAAUCUGCCAAGUUAAUUCAGCAGCAGCUGGAAAAAGAACUUAAUACCUUGCGAGUAACCCGCACUGCUGCCCCCAGCACACUGGAGAGCUCAGGUGCUGUUAUCGCUCAACUUGGAAAGAAGGGCAAAGAAUUUGAAUUCUCUCAAUUGCCAAUGAAGGUGGAAUUUUUGGAGUGCAGUGCCAAGGGAGCCUCGGGGGAUGAUGGCUCGGCUGACAUCCAAGACUUUGAGAAGUGGCUGGCCCGGAUAGCCUGAAAAUGGGGAAGAGGGGAAAAACAGAAGAUAUCUGACCCUGAUGACAAAUGUAAAGGGGUGGGUUGGCAGUGAGCUGAUAUGGGAUAAAAAAAUAUGAUUGGAAAUACUCUCAUUUUGGAAAGAAAUUAUUGCAAGGAUAUUAAGGAUAAAUGUACUGUAAUCAGCUUGGGGUUUCUGAAAGACCUUCUAGCUUCUUUUUUCAAAUAAUUCAGCUCUACUUUAUCAUCCCAUUGCUAGGUAUUGUGGUUUUCAUUUCUGCUUUGGAUCUGUAACAGGGAGACUAAAGUUUAUCUUGUCCUCAGGAAAGAUAAAUGACUUUGCUAUCUUCAGCAUACUCCAAGUAGGAAGGUUCAUUACCAUAAGCAUUUUUAUUUCAAGAAGAGUUUUCAUCUUUCCUGAUUUGGGGUUUUCUGGUAGCUUUACUCUGGAAUCAACUCUAGCCUAAUUAGUUGCAGAUUUUUCUUGCUUUUUUCCCUGUGUCAUUGCUUUUGGUUUUUCUUAAGCAGUCUGAACUGUAUGUUUGUGGUUCACAGUUUUUCCUAACUUAAGACAGUAUGAUUCUUGGACUAGCCUAAUUCAUUGUGACUAAACGACUCAGGGCUACUUUCAUGGAAUACUUGAUUAUAUCUUACUCUGCUUCCUUAACUCUGUAAAACUAAGUGAUGAACAAGUAGCAGAAGGAUUCUCUGCAAGGCUUUUGUGUGCAAACUCAGCAGUGUUAAAGAAUAUCUGUGUUUUUGUAAUGAAAUUCUUGGCUUCUUAAAUUUGUGGCUCUUACAAAUAAUACAUUUUUGGCAAAUAAUAUGUCCAGCAUGACUUAGAGUAGGCAGAGAUCAUGUAGUAAGAGCAUGACAAGGCCAAGGUCACUUUGAUUCUCCAUGACUUUCUUUAGGUUUCACAGUUGCAGACUGCCUCCUGCCCCUGCCUCAUAUAUGCCUUGAGUUCCCCAAGGUAAUGAAUAAGAGACUAUGCUGUUGUUGCAACCUCAUCCCCAAUACUGAAAAAUGGCUCAAUUUGGAGUAAUAAUCGUCUCCACUUAAUAGCCAAUAGAUGGUACCUUACUGGUGGGCCAGUAGUGCCAGCUUUGUAUAUAAAAGACAACAUUAUUAUUAGGGAGGAACAAAACCCAAAAUUUCCAAUUUGAAGCAUUCUGAUUUAAAAGUCUCUCAGCUACUUAUAUUUAGUCUUGUGGACUGCCUUUGCUUAGGGGAACAGGAGUAGGGAGAAAAAGGAAAAGAAAUUAAACAUGGUCAAAAAUACCAUUUUAACUUCUUUGUUUAAUGUUUGAGUAUACAGUAAAGAAAAAGACCACUAUUACCUAGCAUGGAGCCCUGAACAUAGGAGGUGCUUGGUACACAUAUUGAAACAAUGAUUUGAAAAACCUGUACAGUGGUGUAUUUUCUCAAACUAUUUUUUUCCUUACAGAAUUUCCCAUUUAGUUUCAUUCUAUUUCUUGUUUGUUUUUUUAAUUAUGUGUUAAGCCAGUAUUUCACCCCACGUCACAACAAAGGCUAUCUAAAUCAGUGGAGAGAAACUGGUUUUUAUUUAUGGCGUAAACCAAUUUACAGUGAAAAGAAAGAAAAUCUACAGUGAGUAUAUACUGCCAUUAGGAAUGUGUUGUUUGUUUUUAGGAUUUUACAUGCUAAGAUUUUGAAAGCAUUUUAUAAACAGUAGUAAAAAACUCUUCAUAUUUUUCCAGAGGAAGAAGCAAAAAAUAUAUUAAUUGAAUGAGUUACAGAAUUAUCUACAUAGCAUCAAACAAUUGGACUCUUAGUGUGCUGUUAAAAUAUGUUGUAUCUUUAACUUACAUGUUUUGGAGCAGCCUAUAUAGCUAUGGUGUUUGGUCCUUGGGACCCUUGAAAGAAUUUUUCAUAAAAUAAAAGAAAAAAAUUCUAAUGUU